CUAAUCCAAGUUCGAUACUGAAGAGAAAGCUUCGAGAUUUAUCGAUUCAUCGAACGGUACAAGUUUGUGGAAACGAAUUAAUUAAAGAUAGGAUAUGUUUCGAGUGCCCAAGUCGACCAUGCCAGCCCCAACUGUCACGUCAGCCGUGAACACUCUUCCUAAGCAAACUAAGGAUCAGUACUGUUCUUACACGUCUUUUGAGUGUUACCAACCAUGUUUGGAGGGUUACGCUUACUGUGCCAGACACAUUUUAGAAGACCAAAAGGCCCCGUUUCAACAAUGUUCCUAUAUAUACACCAUAGGACCUAACAACACGAGGCCUUGUAACAAUGCGGCUGCAAAAUUGGAUAACAGAGAUAUCUCUUGGUACUGUUUGGAGCAUACAAGAAAAGCUCAAAUUGCUAGAGCAAAGUCCAUAUCAAAGCACUCGUUACCAGAGACUCCAGAAACUCUCUUGCUAAACCUUAGUCAUUAUGUAAAACCUGUUGAUGCUCACAGUAAAAAAGAUGAAUCAGAAGAAGAAAAAGUCAAAGUGUUGAAUCCCUUUACUGAAAUCGAUGCAUAUAGAGUUAAUGCAAAGGGAUCCGAAAUAUUGGAUUAUGCCAGCUCAUCUGACAGUGAUACUGAACCCACAUUAGUCAACGACACUGUGAAAGGAACUUACUUUGAUGAUGACAGUGACAAGGAAAGCUUAAAUUCACCUGAAGAAGAUCCUUUAAAGCAUGCUGGAUUGUAUACAGCUGAAGAAGUUGUUUGUAUUGCUAGAGAAAAAUUAAUGAGGCUCCAGACUCUGUAUAUAGAUCAGUUUAAAAGGUUACAAUAUACUUUGAGAGAAAAAAGAAGAAAAUAUUUGCACAAUUUGAAGAAAGAAAAAGAAACUUUGUGUAGUAUUCACGAUCAGCCCAAGACUACAGCCAAAGAAAAGAAAAUUUACGAAAAAUUAAAAGCUUUGAAUAGUUACCACAGGCGUAGUGGUGUUGAAGCUAUUUUAUACAAAAAAUCGUUGGAACGACGGGCGCAAUCUGCAGAAGGUCCUGCACAAAAACCACCCAGUGCACAAAAAUGUGUGUUUACAGAAGGUGGUGUAAAAUGUGGAGAAAGAACGUUACCUUCCUCAAAGUAUUGCCGAAAACACAUUCUCAAGGAUCAAAAUCAAGUACUAUUUAAAGCCUGCGGAGCUAAGGAAGCUGACAUGGAAUGCCAUGAACCUGUGCCUGUAAUUUUUGAUACAAAUUGUGUAUUCCAUUCUCGGUUACCUACGGAAUUCAAAUUAGAACCUCUACAGUUUAAAGAAGAGCCAAAAGAACAAGCUAAAAGCAAUCUAGAUAUGGAUAUUGAUGCAAUGGGAGAUUCUCAAGAAAUUGAUCCUGAUGAUGAUAUGGCUGGUAUCAUGCGUGAAAUGAACGAUGUCCACAAAAAAUCAAACUUCAAUGAAAGUGCAAAUAGUGAAGCCAGUACUGACACAGCUUUUAGCAUAACUGCUCAAAUGAGUGAUAGAGAUGAUUUUUCAUCAAUGUAAAAAAUAAUCUGCUGAUUACUUAAAUGUAAAUAU